AUGCCUAAGGAGAAGACCACCCGCAAGACUAAGCCCCGUGUUGAGCGGAAGAAGAAGGACCCCAACGCUCCCAAGCGUGGCCUUUCCGCCUACAUGUUCUUCGCCAACGAGAACCGUGAGAAGGUUCGCGAGGAGAACCCCGGCAUCACCUUCGGUCAGGUUGGUAAGAUGCUCGGUGAGAAGUGGAAGGCUCUGAACGACAAGGACCGUGGUCCCUAUGAGGAGAAGGCCGCUGCCGACAAGAAGCGUUAUGAAGAUGAGAAGGCCAGCUACAACGCCGGAGCCGCCGCUUCGGACGAGGAGUCAUCCUAA